CUCCUUGAGCAAAAUCAAAAGCAGGAGGCUGUACAGAGGAGAAAUAGGAUACUGUCUACUCUGAGGUAGCUCUCCUGACGUGUCUGUUAGAGCAUUUCUAACAGUUUGAACAGCAUAGCCAAAGAUCUCUUCUAACAGCUCUCCUCCCCAGUACCUGCUGUGCUGCCUUACUUCCCCCUUCUUAUCUGUUAGUGGGGUUUUGGGAGGGCUGGGAGAGGGAGGUGGGAGAGGUACAUCAUUCCUGGAAGAGAGGAGAGAAACACUCAAGAUGACUUCGGACCCCACAGCCAAGUGGAACAUGAGCAGCAGGUGGAAUGUGAGCAUUGCUGAAGCAGGUGAUCCCUGGGGAAAGGCUCUGGAAGCACCAGCUGUAAAUGCUUCUGCCCCUGUAGCCUCCUCAGCAGGCAACUUCUCCAAUCAGUUCGUACAGCCUUCUUGGCGCAUUGCCCUGUGGUCUCUGGCUUACGGUGGUGUGGUGGCAGUGGCCGUUUUUGGAAAUCUUAUUGUCAUCUGGAUUAUCCUGGCUCACAAGCGCAUGAGGACGGUGACAAAUUACUUCCUGGUGAAUCUGGCCUUCUCUGAUGCCUCCAUGGCUGCUUUCAAUACUCUAAUCAACUUCAUCUAUGCGCUGCACAGCGAGUGGUACUUUGGAGAGGCUUACUGCCGCUUCCACAACUUCUUCCCAAUCACAGCUGUCUUCGCCAGCAUCUACUCCAUGACAGCAAUCGCUGUGGACAGAUAUAUGGCCAUUAUUGAUCCCUUGAAACCUAGGCUCUCUGCAACUGCUACCAAGGUGGUCAUUGGGAGCAUAUGGAUUUUGGCAUUCCUAUUGGCCUUUCCCCAGUGCCUAUACUCCAUAACCAAGGUGAUGCCUGGGAGAACACUUUGCUAUGUAGCAUGGCCAGGUGGCCCAAAACAGCAUUUUACGUAUCAUGUUAUUGUGAUUGUGCUGGUCUACUGCUUUCCACUGCUUGUCAUGGGCAUCACUUAUUCCAUGGUGGGAAUUACCCUCUGGGGAGGAGAAAUACCAGGUGACACAUCCAACAAAUACCAUGAGCAGCUCAAAGCUAAGAGAAAGGUGGUAAAAAUGAUGAUUGUGGUUGUGCUGACAUUUGCUGUCUGCUGGCUGCCCUACCACAUUUACUUCAUAGUUACUGGGAUUUAUCAACAAUUAAAUCGGUGGAAAUACAUUCAGCAAAUCUAUUUAGCCAGUUUCUGGCUUGCCAUGAGUUCUACAAUGUACAAUCCCAUUAUCUACUGCUGUCUUAAUAAGAGGUUCCGAGCUGGCUUCAAGCGAGCCUUCCGCUGGUGCCCUUUCAUUGAGGUGUCCAGCUACGAUGAGCUGGAGCUAAAGGCAGCCAGGUUCCACCCCACCCGGCAAAGCAGCCUCUAUGCUGUGUCCAGGAUGGACUCCAGCAUGACAGUGGUGUUUGACACUAAUGAUGGGGACAGCAUGCACACCAGCCAUAAGAAAAGAGCAGCUCCAAGGGACCUGAACAUCAAUGGUUGUUCACAAAGGAAUUCCAAGCCUGUCUCCACGGCCUCAAGCCUCAUCAGCUCACUGCACACAUCAGCAGAUGUUUAUUCUUGAAUAUUUCACUUUGCUAGAAGGGUGACAGUAGACAACGUUCUAUUACUUUGGGACUUGGUAUUCAUUCCACAGGAAAGCAAACCAGAUUCCAACAAUAAACCCCAGUUACAAAUAUUGUGAGACUUUUGUGAAUCUCUUACUUUUUUUUGGUUUGGAAAUAAAGGGGAGUUUAAAGACAUAUGUAUGUCUCAGUCCAAAAGCAUAGUUGCACCUUAUGCACAACAAUGUUUGUAGGAAUUAGCCAAAAUAAACCAAUGGCAUAAAAAACUUUGUUUUAGUUGUCUCUGACCUGUGGCAUUUAUGUCUGACUUAUUGAAAUGUAACAGGCUCCUUUACUUAUUGAAACAGAAAUGCCCAGUGUUUUCCAUUAUGAGUGUAUUAAUUCCACAGUAACAAAAUUACAUGAGAUUUGAUUAUAAAAAUGAAUUUAUAAUGAGUACCUAAUGAGCCCCAAGUCUAUUAAACUGGCUUACAAUUUAGCCCCAUUCCCAGACAAACAGAUAAAAUUAAGUUCAUGUGAAUACAGUACAGCUCUGUCUGCAACAGUAAAAUUUUGCAAAUAUAUAUGAGAACAGGAGAACAUGACAAAGAGCCUAAGUUAAAUUCUACCAAAGUUUGCAUAUUAGUAAACAUUAGACACUAAUGGGAUCUCUAAUGCUUCCAGAGGAAUAUAUUGCUUUGAUGAAUGUCUCAUAGGUUUGUAUCUUAGUAUUAAGGGCAAGGUCUGUCUCCAGUGACCUUAACAGAAUCUUUCUGAUUGACUUUAGAAAGGCCAAAAGAUUAAAAGCUGGAGAUUCAGAUAUGAAAAAAAAUACCACUGUGGCAAUGAACUCUUCUCUGCGGAAGAUUAAGUAACAAGAUGCAUGAUGAAAAACUUCCAGUGGAAAAAAAUAUUUGGGCUCUUCAAGAAUUUUCCACAACUUAAUGCAUGUAAAAAUAAUCCUGCUCCUGCCUCUGAAAAUACACUAGGCAUUCUUACACAGAUACGUUCCCACUGAAUUCAGACAAAAUCCACUUACCAACACUGUUGCAGAGCAAGCUGAAUGUAACAAAAAAGGGAAAAGGGACUACAGAGCAGACUUUUAAUUAAAUGACUAUCAUUUGCACAGAUAGACUGGUUACAAAAAUGUUUGUUGUCAAACGGUUAACAAAAAUAGAAGCAAAAGAAUGCGAAUGUCUUCCUGAGUUAGCCAAACCAGCACACAACAGUGUAUAUCUGGCUGAACCCAACACAGUACCAAAGCUAAGGAAUUGAAAAAGAGAAGUUUGAAGAGAGAAAGGCUUGAGCUGGCUUUAGUCCACAUUCCUUCCCAGCAACUGGGGAUGAUCAGCAUUGUGACAGUGAGUAUAUCAGACAAGACUAGUAAAACACAAAUCUUUCAUGAUUUGUGAUUCAUGUAUAUAGUCAGUUCUUAUCUUCUGCUGAGUGUAACUUGUACUUGUAUAGUGAUUUCAGUACACUGUGGUAUCACUUACUAAAUCAAAAUCCUGCAUAAGGUAAAAUAUCCUCAAAUACAUAAACCUGAUACAUUAAACUACCCAUGUAUGGAAUAACUGAAGAGCCUGGUCACAGACUAUUAUACUCUUAUAGAAGCAUAUCACAAUUCCAGACUCACACCUUUUCUAUCUAUGGCCUGAUCUUAAAUCAACUGAAACAAACAGCUCUGUUCAUUAAUGACUUUCCUUUUAAAUGUCAGUCCAUGCUUUUCAACAUUCUGCUCCUCUAAAAAAACAAGUAUUUUCCAACAUUGUGAUUAUUAUACUCCCACUUCUGCUUGUUUGUAAUUUUUUUAAGUGUGUAGUAAUCCAGAAAGUGUUAUGCAAUGCCUAUAAAAUACUUCUAAAUUUUUUCCCCUGAAAUAUUGGUUUAAGAACUUAAAAAUCUUCACAGGUUUUAACAACUCUGUUGAGAGGAUCCAGGAUAGCCACAUACAAAAAAAACAUGACCCUAAGUAUAUUGACUAAUGGUCAUGUACUACAAACACAUGCUGUAAAGUUGCUCAUGUACAACUUCUAAGAAACAUACAUAGAGAAAAUGUAUACUUGUUAAAUAAACAGUCUUUUCUAACUAUGGCUAUUACAAAAUCAGUGUUGAUAAAUUUAUUGUUUUUAAAUGUAGAGUAUUAAAAAAAAUGAAAAAUCUGUAUAUACAAAUACAGCAGCAUAAAUGUUUUAAAACAUCUUCAUGUAACUUUUAGGAUUCCUCAUUGACAAAUAUCAAUAAAACAAAGGUGGCUUCCUCACACUUGUACCUCUAGUG